ACGUGACGCCGUGUGUGUAAACACAGCCGUUGGGACAUUUAAACAGUCAGCUGUCGGGAACCGGAGCGACCAACCGACGCUGCUCCGAUAUGCAGCAUGAACCUUCCAGGUUUCUCCUCCGUGAAGGACGACCCGCCGUGACGCCGGGCGCCGGAAGCCGUCCUCACAACUUUGUGGAGACGCUGCCGACGGAGAUGAGCGUGAGGAUCUUCAGCGAGCUGGACGCAGAGAGUCUGUGCAGCGCCUCCAGAACCUGCAGACUUUGGCAUCACAUCAUCGAGCAGAGCGAGCAGCUGUGGAGGAGGCAGUGUCUGCUGGUCCGAGCCGUCUGCUGGAGGGAGGUGGACGGAGACCGCAGGGACGGACUGUCCUGGAAGGUCACCCUGGUCAGGAACUACAGCCGCAGCUGCCUGAAGAGCGACUGGCUGCGAGGACGGUUCAGCCGGCUGAGGUCGGCCGACGAGCUGAGCGGCAGGACCAUGACGCCGCUGGACGCCGAGACGUGGGGAGAGAUUCUGCAGGCCGAGCUGGACAGAUGAUUCUGAGGACACCCCGAGCACUUCUGAGAGAUCAGUUUUAACUCUAAUAUAUAAUUUUAUACUGUGUGUGGCAGGAGCAUAAACUCUACCAAGUGUACAUAGUUCAUUUUUAUGAAGAAACACAGGAUCGUGCAAGAUGAAAUGAAUGAAUGAAAUGUUUGAUGUAAAUGUGGCUGAGAUGCAAUAAAGCUCCUGUUUGAGGCUCAGCUGCAGUUUUAUUGUCAGAAUCCUUUCAUGCUGUUUCUCUUAUUGAGUGUUUUCACAUGGAGGGCUGCAGCGAGUCGUUAUUAACUGUUAAUUAACAUUCAGCUGUUCUGAGCAUCACUUAGUUUGAGAAAUUUCUAAUAAAACAGUCUCAGCUGUA